UCAAAGUUUGGAGGACUUGAUGUGGUGAAGAAAACGUUUUAAAGUAACUGUGUGUCGUCAAGGUUAUUCAAAGAAGAAGUACAGCUUAGAACAGUUUUGUGUAAAUAAAUAUUUAGUUUUGAUAUAAAAUCGAGAAAACGUGUUCAAUGUGAGUGCAAGAAGAGACAAAAAAACAACAAAAAAACGCGACCUUAAGGCCCACCAUGUGGAAAAAAUUCAUUGCUCUCGUUGUUAUUAGCGUUGUGUUAAAUAAAAGAGGCUUAAUUUGGGCUGGAACGAGCAAUACUCCGUGGAAAAAUGCUAUCUUAGAUCUGGUUGCUGAACCAAGCUAUAGAUCCCUGAAGUUGAAGUGGAAAUAUUUUGAUCUUCCUGAGCCGAAAGUAUAUAAGGUCAACCUGUGCGAGGUUUCGGAGUGGUAUUCUCAGUAUCGCUGCUCGGAAAGACCUCUAUCAUUAGUGGAUACUAAUCUUCCUCGUUAUUCUCACGACGUGAUAAUCAGCCACCAACGAGGAGAAUACGAAGCGUUGAUUGAGGGUUUAAGAAUGUCAACUAAUUAUUCUUUAUCUGUAAGACCGGAGACGGAUGAUAUUCCAGAAUCUCCGGAACUGGAAAACAUAUAUCCAGAAAAACUCACUGUCUCCCCAAAAGUCUUUAUCACGACUAAAGGAUUUUCUGCCAGGGCUAGCCGAUGUUUGCCUAACAUAUCGGAGGUGAUCGUAAACACAGGUCCAAAUUUUGGCGGGAAGAUUGUAGCCGAAAACGCUUUUGACGGACGUUGCGCUGUUUACGGUAAUAGGAGCAGUUCUCAGGAGAGUUACAAAAUUCAAAUCAUUCACAACAUUUGCGGCAGUAAAAUAGUG